UCAAACGGGAAACAAGAUGGCGGCGGCAGGUCCGAGUACUCGGGCCUCUUCCGCGGCGGCAGCGGCAGCUCUGAGUCGGCGGAGCCGGCGGGGCCGCUGUGACGAGAUGGCGGCAGCCAAGACUGGGGCCCAGGGCCCGGCCUCCGGGCACGCAUUGCUCGUGUUGCCGCAGCCGUUGCUGCAGCCACCGCCGCGGCCGGAGGAGCCGGGCUGCGCCGGGUGCCUGGAGACCCCGGGGGAAGCGGCGGCCCUGCCUUGCGGCCACUCGCUCUGCCGAGGCUGCGCCCAACGCGCCGCCGACGCAGCGGGCCCAGGUUGCCGACGCUGCCGCGCCCGCGGCCCGAGUUGGGCCCGCCGUCGGGCCCGCGACGACGGCCAGGCCAACGCAGAGGUGUUGGGCGAGCGCGCCCGCCGCGGCCAGCCGGAGCGCUGCCGCCCGCGCCGGGAUGGGGGCGCGGCCGCCGAGGGGCCCAGGCUGGAGCAGGAGCCGCGCGCCGCGCCGGCGGAGCCAGAGUUUAUAUUCAGAACACCAAUCAAAUUAAGCAAGCCAGGGGAACUUCGUGAGGAAUACGAAAGCCUGAGAAAGAUGAAAGAAGAAAAGUUACAAGAGGAGAAAACCUCCGAAGAUCAAAUUCACAAGCUGUCGCCAGAGGAUACAGAAACAGGGAAAAGGAAAAUGGAUGAACAGAAAAAAAGAGAUGAGCCAUUAGUGCCGAAAACAGAUCUGGAGAGUUGUCCUGCACAUCUCUCAGAUUCAGAGAAUGAAGAACCCUCCCAAGGCAAGAUGGCACAGACACAUCGCUCUGCAUUUGUUUCUAAGAACAACUCCUACACCUUGGCUUUCCUGGCAGGGAACCUAAAGGUGGAAAGGAGUCAGAGCUGCAGUGACACCGCCCAGGACAAAACAAAGAGCAGACUCCGAGCAGCUGCAGCCAGCAAGGCCAAGGUCACAACUGUAACCCCAACCACCAACCCUGUCAUUGGUGUUCUCCUGUCCACACAGAACAACCGCUGCCUCUCCGCCCCUGACUUGACCGUUGAAAAGCGUCUGCCCUUCAGCUCCCUCUCAUCCUUGGCUUCCCUGCAUAAGCCAGAGCGCUCCAUCAGCCCUGAGAGCAAUGACAGCAUCUCCGAAGAACUCAACCAUUUCAAGCCCAUUGUCUGCUCACCGUGUACUCCUCCCAAGAGACUCCCUGAUGGCCGCGUGCUAAGUCCCCUCAUCAUCAAAUCGACACCCCGCAACCUAAACAGAAGCCUGCAGAAGCAAACCUCUUACGAGGCCAGUCCACGGAUCCUCAAAAAAUGGGAACAGAUCUUUCAGGAGCGGCAGAUCAAAAAAACCCUCUCGAAAGCCACCCUUACCUCCAUGGCUCCAGAAACAGGGGAAGACUUGCUAGUCUCUGACGUUAUCCAUUCUAGCAAAGAGAAGCCACUUCUGACUUUAAAUACAAGACUGUCCAGUGAACAUGCUUUCUCUGAGUAUCCUGGACCCACCCCUUCAGACCUGGACUGUUCCCCCUCUGUUAGCCAAACAAAGGCAGAACAGGGCAGUGACAGUAAAAGGAACACUGAGAUCCCAUUGGAAACCUGCUGUUCUUCAGAACUUAGAGUGGGAGCCAGUGGGACUUCUUUGGAGAGAGAGCAGUUUGAAGGAUCAGGGUCAACCCCAGAUGCCAAGUCAGACAAAGCUGGUAUAAGCACAGCCGUGAACAUCUCGGCAGUUAAUUCAGUGCUACCCAAAAACAGUGUUUUGGGCGGGGUCUUCAAAACAAAGAAACAGCUGAAGACAGUGAAUCAUUUUGAUCUGCCUAACGGUGUUCUGGCAGACAACGUAGGUGAGGAGCCACUUCCUUCCUUGCGUCGGGGCCGGAAAAGACACUGUAAGACGAAGCACUUGGAACAAAAUGGAUCCCUGAAGAAAAUGAGACAAAGCAGUGGUGAGGUGGGUCUGGCCCCAACUGACCCAGUCCUGCGAGAGAUGGAGCAGAAAUUGCAGCAAGAGGAAGAGGACCGACAGCUGGCUCUGCAGUUGCAGCGCAUGUUUGACAAUGAGAGACGGACUGUGAGUCGGCGAAAAGGAACCGUGGACCAGUAUCUCUUACGAUCCAGCAACAUGGCCGGGGCCAAGUAGCGCCUCACGAACAGCGUUACCUAUUUUUAAGAGGUCUUUGGACUUGAUCAUUUAUCCUCAAGAACAGUGUGUUCUCACUUUGGGUUUCUUUUAAUGGCAAAAACACUGUGGGUUCUGAGAGGUUCCAGGGCCUUUGUAGUCUAUAUCCAAGGAAACUGCAUCUUUGCCUCCCUGUGACCCAGGCCGGAAGCACUGCCCACCCCCACCCCCCCUCAGUGACCCAUGCCUGAGAGCUUCUGGGCCAAAUCUGGCAGCACCCACUUGGAAUGAGAUUCAGGAGCACAAUGGCCAGAGAUAGAAAUGGCGGAGGAAAGAGGGAUACCUUCUCAAACUGAUAGACCUCCUGACUUCUUUUAUCAGGGUGUAUUUUUAAAUCAGCUUUGCAGAUAAAAAUAAGUUCCAUGUUUUUCAAGGAAGUGGAACAGUAUAGCUCCUGGGCAGAUCCAAAAAGAUUCUGUUAGCCCUUCUCCUGACCCCUGUCGCAAGUAAAUAUUUCUAAUGAAAUCAGUUGAGUUUAUGCUUCUACAAAAGCUAAUUCACAUUCCUUGUUUAAAAAAAUAACAUUUGAUUACUGCUCUAUGUAGUCGACAGACCAUUUCACAGUCAUUGUUUAACUUGGUCUUACAGGAGACCUAACACGUAAGUGGGAUUGACCCCAUUUUUUAGAUGAUGAAACUGCAGUGCAGGUGUUCUGAGUUCCCUCAACUAAGUGGCCUGGCCCAGACGGACCGCUGGGUCUCCUGACCACAAAUCCCAUGGAUUUCCCACACUAACAGGUUGCCGUAAUGGACUGCAACCCAAGGUCAUGCCAGGGGAGCCUAGGGAAAGCUGGCUAGGCCUUGAGUACCCAUUGUGCAAAAUCCACAUGCAGACAAUUGAGAUGGACUAGAACUAUACACAGAUACUGUACAGUUAACCCCACCCCCACAGUUUACAGUCUUCUUUUUUCCAGUGUUCCACCCUGUGAGAUAAAGGACAGUUGGAUGUCAUUACUCUCCACAUGGCCAAAGGUUAUCUGCAGUGUUGAUCUAAAGUCCAAAAAGUUUGCCCAGAAGUCAGGCAAGAAAAAUGCUGAAACUCCAUACUAUGGAAACAAGGUAUCUAGCUGGAUGCAGCUGGUAAAUUCAGUCCCAUGGACCUUUGGGAUUUAUUUUCCUUAACAGCUGACACCAUGUGUCUUUUGCAUCCCUGGUGGUGCUUGGUGCUUCUCUGCCCAUCUGGGCUCAUUGAGAAUAGGAUUUAAGAUGGGAUUUUAGGGAAUCUCAAACGGGCUGGCAUUCCCUGUGCAUGUAUGAGCUGUUACUAUAAAGUCAUGUGACUGGCACUUAACAAACCUUUCAGAACUUCUAGAUCCCAAUGUAUGUUGUCCCCCUCGAGUGGCCCCAGAAGGGUACUGCAUAGUUUUCCCAAUGUCGUUGCCAUUGGUGAAAACACUUCUGGGAUUGUCCUUCAAGUCUAGAAACAUCUGGAAACAUAGCCUCCUAAAAUGUUAGAACUGGAAGGGACCUUAAUGGCCAUCUAUUUCAACUUCUUCCUCUUACUCAGGCAGAAGCAAAGAUCUAGAGCAGUGACUCUCUGAUCAAGGUCCCUAGGGAUUUACUAUAUCACCUUAUUUUGCUCCUCAGAAGAUUUGCCUCCCUUCUCUGAGCAAAUCUUUAUACUCAUUUGGAGUGAUGGGAGAGAGAAUGUUAAGUUUGGAACCAGUCAGAAGCUAUUUGAAGCCUCUGGAAGAAAAGUGGAUUAACAAGAGGGUUUGGAGUCAUAAACGAGGUGCAGCUGUAAAGUAGAGCCAUUUUCUUGGGCAGCUCAUCAACAGUUCCCAGAAAGAAGUUCAGAGAUGUCUUAAGCAUUUUGAUGAUCAGUGAGAUAUGUGGAACCUCAAUGACUACUUUGGUGGGAAGUAUCACUCACCCGAAUGUAUGUGUUCUGUGUUCCCUGUGUCUGUGCGUGCACACGUGCAGAUGUAUGUUUAGAAAACAUACAUUGGUCUCAUUCCUUUGUAUUCACACCACUUCAUUUCUAUAUCCUACCAGCAACACAUGCCCUCCACAGGCUGCUGGUACCUUGAAGGUAUUGGUACCCAAGAUAGAAAAGCUGGCACUGGUCUGCAGAAGACAGAGAGGGUGACUUACCAAAGGCCCUUAGAGAAAACACCAGUUACUGCCAUUUCAGAUAGUUCCUUUUUGAUCUUAGUAAACGUCACGGGGAGGCUAGUCUCAUUGGUAGGAGCAAAGACACUUAUUUUUCCACUUGCCACCUUUUUCUAUAUCUCCAGUAAUUCGAAGAAUACUUUUAAGUUGGAACUGAUUUUUGUUUUUGGAAAAAAGAUAAAUAUUUUAAUAGAAAAAGAUAUAUAUUUUAAAUAUUUCCCCAGAGUAAUAAGAAAUUACUUAGUAGAAACAACACGUUUUAGCUUCUGAUCUGGAGUGGAAAGCUACUUCCUGUUAAGCGAAUAUUCCGAACUCUGAAUCGAGCUUACUUUUCCCUUGGCCCUGCUGUGGCGCAUGCAGUGGUAUCAACAGCUGUUUCCCACACUCCAGCUGAGCAGUAGUCCUUCAAACGUAGGCAAAGCGGUUUAGGUUAAGGAGGGAGGGGGCUUAAUCUUUAAUCUGCUUGACUUUGGAAGAGGCAAAACCACUAAGGUAUUUUCUGUAUUUUAAGAUGUUUCCCAUACUUAAUAACUAAAACGCGAACACUUUUUCUUUCUGAAAAGUUUCCCUCUCGUUGCUUGAUUGUAAAGUUGGUCACAAAUGGAAUUCUUGACAUGAGUUCUUUAGAGGAAAAAAGGGAGAAAGACAAGGUAGGAAAAUUGAUGGAGAGGGUUUCUCAGCUAGAAUAUGAGAUAUACACUAUUUCACAAAGCAAACAUUUCUCAUAAAUCAUUGGUAUCUGAUUCACCAAACAAAUUUCUCAUGUCCUACUAACUAUGUUCCUUCUGUAUAAGCAUUUUGUUUUUGUUUUUGUUAUUCAAGGGGAAGUUGUGAGAGACUGGAGGAUGGAGGUCAUUCUGAUGGGGAAAUCUAAGAAAUGUGGUUGCCCUGAGAAGGGGCCUCUCACACCAUUUCCAAAGAGGGAGCAAGGCACUUUGGGAAUGUGUUCAUGACUGUUGAUUGUUAUCAGUUGGAAGAAGUCACCUGGGUCUGUUUGUUUGGUGUCCGAUCUUGGGAGUAUGUGUCCAGCCCCCAACCCCUUUCAUGUAAUUGCUUCCUUUUUAAAAGAUUAAUAAUUCUUGGCUGAGGUUUCUCAGGAAAACCUUUUGUGAGUGGCUUCAUUUAUUUUUUUAAAUUUAAUUUAAAAAUUUUUGCCCGGGGGGAGCACUGGUGAUGAAUG